AUGGGUGAUGCUGAAGAGCUUAAAAAACUUAAUAAUAGAAAAACAAGACUCAAAGCAUCCCUAACUAGACAUUUGAAUUUUGUCAAAAACGAAUUACAAAACGAAAAUAAUCUUUCUAAAUUAAAACUAAAAUCAACUCAAUUAGAAGACCUUUAUGGUAACUAUGCAACUUUGCUUGACGAAUUCGAUCAAUUCGAAAUUAAUUUGGAUGCUUUUAUUGAGCAAUUCGAAAUUGAUUAUUUAGAGACAAAAUCUUUACUUGACGAUAAAAUAAACUCAAUUUCUACUAAUCAUUCUUCAGCUGUAGUAGGUACAUCGAUGCAACCUACCAGUAUCUGUGCAAAAUUACCGAAAUUGACAUUACCUGAAUUCUCCGGAAAUAUACUGAAAUGGAAAGAAUUUUGGGAUUCGUAUGAGGCCAAAAUUCAUAAAACAAAUCUGCCGGACUGCGAUAAAUUCGAAUAUUUGGUCCAAUGUUUGAAAGGACGAGCUCAAAAAUCGAUAGAAGGUAUGCCCGUUACAUCUCAAAAUUAUCCAAAAGCUAUUGCGAUUCUCGAAAAGAAAUACUACAACCGUAAGUUAAUUAUCGAUUCGCAUUAUUCGAUUUUACGAAAUAUUCCUCCUAUUGAGGAUAAAGAUAAAAAUAAUGUUUAUAAAUUACGCAAAACGUUGGAUGAUUUCGAAGUGAAUUUACGUUGUUUAGAGGCUUUCGAAGAAGAUGUCGAGCAUAAUAGUAUUCAAUCGUUGAUCUAUUCCAAAUUUCCGGAAAAUAUUAUCAACAAGGUUUUCGAAAAUGUUGAUCAAGAUUCGUUGACAACUUCUGAACUUCGUUUGAAUUUAGAUAAAAUUAUUUCUUCUUUCGAAAGGACUGAAACGGUUAAAGGUACUUUCAAUAAAAAAACCAACAAGCCUUUCGAUAAAUCAAAGCCUACUUCUACUACUGGUACCUUUCUGAAUUCUGAUUCUCAAUCGAAGUCUCCUCAUAUCAAACCUACUGAUUUGAAAUGUAUUUAUUGUCAAGGCAGUCAUUAUAAUGACGAAUGCAAAACUUAUUCUACUGUUUUAGAUCGGAAAAACAAGAUUAAAGGAAGUUGUUUCAAUUGUUUAAAAUCGAAUCAUUCGUUCAAGGAUUGCAAAGUUAGCAAGCCAUGCGUUUAUUGUAAAAAGGCGAAAAGUCAUCAUCGUAGUUUGUGUCUGAAGAAGUUUCCAGCUAAUAAAGAAUCUUCAGCUACGUUAUUAGAAACUGAUGAUUCUCCUUCUGGUUCGAUUGAUCCUUCUAUUUCAUCAUCCGAAACUCCUUCAGAACCGGUUUUGUUGGCUCUAAAUGAGAAAACUCUGAUGCAAACUGCUUCGGUUAAGGUUCUAUUUCAAACUUCUACUUCAAAGAAUGAAUCUAUUUAUAAAAGAUCUUUACUCGAUAGUGGUUCUCAGAGAUCUUACGUUACCUCCGAUUUAGUCAAGGAUCUGAAUUUGAAAACUUAUGAUUCUCAAUUUUUAUCGAUUUUAAGCUUUGGUAAUUCCGAAUCUAAAACUUUAGAAAGUCCUCGAGUAAAGUUAAAUAUCGAGUUACUUGAUGGUACAAAUUUCGAAAUAAUCGCUAAUGUCGUUCCUUAUAUUACUGGUUCUAUCAAGAAUGAUCGAAUAAAAAUCAAAGAAUUUGAAUCUAAAUUUCUUAAUUUCAAACUAGCUGACGAUUAUCGUACACACUCAGAUGAUUCGAUUAAAAUUCUGAUUGGUAAUGAUUAUUUCUAUGAUUUAAUUUCGACUGAGAAAAUUGUCAUUCAACCUGGAUUGUAUUUGGUUAAUUCUAAGUUAGGAUGGAUACUUAGUGGUAGGUAUUCUACUAAUUCGGUUUCAGAUACCUUAACUUUAACUACCGUUGUUGAAUCUUUCGAAUCAAAUCCUGCGAUGAGUUUUUUAACUCAUGUUACUCCUUCAAACAUGCAAUUGAAGUGUUUUGAAGAUGAUUCUUCUCCUUCGUCUCCUGAUACUUUUAUUAAAAAUUUUUGGAACCUUGAAAAUAUCGGUAUUCUCGAAAAUCCUAUUGAAACAGGCGAUGAUUUUGCUUUGAAACAUUUUAAUGAUUCUGUUCAAUUUGAAAAUGGUCGGUAUAACGUUACGUGGCCAUGGAUUUCAUAUCCUCCUGAAGAUCUCUCAGAUAAUUAUAAACUUUGUUUUGGUCGUUUAAAUAGUCUAUUGAAACAGUUUCAUGAAAAACCUGAUUUCUUGAAGAAGUAUGAUUCGCUUAUAAAGGAGCAAGAAAGUUUAAGUAUCAUUGAAAAGGUCGAUGACCUUCCUAAGAAUCAAGAAUCGGUAACUCAUUAUAUACCUCAUCAUGCGGUGGUGAAUGAAGAGAAAUUGACAACGAAAGUUCGAAUUGUCUACGAUGGAUCCGCUAAGGUAAAUAAAACUAAAAAGAGUAUUAAUGAAUGUCUUCAUCGUGGUCCUGUUUUAUUGACUUAUUUGUGCACUUUGUUGCUUUUAUUUCGAUUGCAAGAAGUCUGUUUAGUAUCAGACAUCGAGAAAGCAUUUCUGCAAAUCGGUUUGCAAGAUUGCGCUAGAGAUGCUGUUCGUUUUAUGUGGCUUAAAGAUAUUCAUUCUCCUUUAACUGAAAAUAAUUUACAAAUUUAUCGAUUUACAAGAGUGCCUUUUGGUAUUGUUUGUAGUCCUUUUCUACUUGCUGCUGUGCUAUUAUUUCAUGUUAAUUCAAAGGUUAUUGAACGUUGGAAACCAUUCUUAGAAAAAAGUUUUUAUGUCGAUAAUUUGAUUGUUUGCUUUGCAAGUGUCGAAGAAGCAACAGAAUUUUAUGCUUACGCUAAAGAAUUUUUCGCAAGUGUUCAAUGA